AUGCAGCGCGCACCAGCAGCCGCCUUCGCGCUCGUCAGAUCCGCCGUCCUGGGCCACGUGCGGCUACCCGUGGCGCCCUCCUUCUGGUCACGCGUCGGCAGCGCGCCGGCCGGCGGAGCCCCGAGCCGCGGGUUCGCGGAGUCGGCUGGCACUUACCUCGACAAGGACGCGGUCACGGAGCGCGUGCUGAACGUAGUUAAGAAGUUCCAGAAGGUGGAUCCGAAACUGGUGACCCCCACGGCGAGCUUCCAGAAGGACUUGGGGCUGGACUCGCUAGACGGGGUGGAGGUGGUGAUGGCGUUUGAGGAGGAGUUUGCUGUCGAGAUCCCCGAUGCUGAUGCCGAUAAAAUCCAAUCCUGUGCCGAUGCUAUCGCUUACAUUGCGUCGCACCCACAGGCCAACGCAGCAGUGAAGGGCGCUUCUCUCUCCGCCAAUCGCCUAGCAGUAGCUCCCAUCGUCGCUCCCCGCGGACUCGGCGUGACCGCCCUCCUCGGCUUCAAUAAGGCCGCCGUCCCCGCUAAGACCGCCCCCGUAAAGAAGCAACUGCGCACCGAGGAUGGCAUCUUCGGCACAUCUGGCGGCUUCGGCUUCACGAAAGCCAACGAGCUCUUCGUGGGGCGCGUGGCGAUGCUCGGAUUUGCGGCGUCGCUGCUGGGCGAGGCGGUAACCGGGCAGGGAAUCCUUUCGCAACUGAACCUGGAGACGGGCAUCCCCAUCACGGAAGCCGAGCCGCUGCUGCUCUUCUUCAUCGCAUUCACCGUGCUCGGUGCCAUCGGCGGGCUGGGCGACCGCGGGCGAUUCGUGGACGACGAGGCGCCAGCGGGUCCGCCGGUGAAGCCGGGGAGCGUGAAGGCGGCGCUGGGGUUGAGCGAGGAGGGACCGCUGUUCGGUUUUACCAAGGCGAACGAGCUGUUCGUGGGGCGCAUGGCGCAACUGGGGUUCGCGGCGAGCCUGGUGGGCGAGGUGAUCACCGGGCGAGGCGCGCUGGCGCAGCUGAAUAUCGAGACUGGCUUGCCCGUGUGGGAGCUGGAGCCGCUGCUGCUCGCCAGUAUCGCCUUCUUCCUCAUCGCCGCUAUCAACCCCGGUACAGGGAAGUUCAUUAACGAUGACGAGUAG